AUGGAGAACCUUUCAAAAUCUUCAUUUUCAUCAGAACUUAUGAAAUCAAGUAAAAAUUUGGGUAGAAGGAAAGAGACCAUGAAAGAACGACUUCGUAAAGCUUAUAAUGAGAAACGUUUAGGAUUGCCUCAAUCUGAUCCUAGUGUUCCUUUGUUUGUGAAUGUGAAUGAAGGAGGAGAUGAUUUAAGCGAUCACGUGAUUUCUGAAGACGCUGGCAAAAGUCUCGCAAAAGAUCAUUCUUCGAGAGCCAAGCUCCCUGAUACCAAGGAACAGGGCAAAGCGAUAAACGUGAUUAAUCAAAAUGAUUUCUUGGGAAGUGCUCUUAAACGAGAUUCAAAUGGAGAGUUUGUAAUGCCAAUAAAAAAAAAGAAAAAAAGUAAACCCAAAAAACGACGGGCAAAGAUAAUACAAGAGCCAACAUUAGAAGAUGACUCCUUUGAUAGUUCAGACUCUCAAUAUGACACCGACGAAGAGAUUGAAAAAAGUUCCGAAACGGAAGUGAAUGAAAUGGUUACAAAAUCAUCAAAGGGUCAAUCGUUUAAAGAAUGGGCAACAGAACAAAUGGGCAUGAAACUACAGGGUAAUCAAAAUGAAAGCAUCGUAGACGAACCUAAUAUCAAAUUCAUGAAGUCACAGAAAGAGACAAAAUGGGUUAAUAAAAAAGUUUUGAUCCAAGAUGGAAUCGACAUUACUGGAAGUAUAAAUGAUGAUAAACCUAAUGUUAUGUCGUCUGAAUAUAAAGUCGUUAAGAAGGCCUUCUAUGUCCCUGUCAAAAGAAACAAAGAAACCCAAGAAGCUAGAAUGAAGCUUCCCAUAUGUGGUGAAGAACAAGCCAUAAUGGAAGCAAUAAGUAAUAAUCCUGUAGUAAUCAUAUGUGGUGAGACUGGUUCCGGCAAAACAACUCAAGUACCACAGUUUCUAUACGAAGCUGGUUAUGGUAACAAGGAUAGUGAUAACCCGGGAAUAAUUGGUAUAACGCAACCUCGACGUGUUGCUGCUGUGAGCAUGUCAAAACGUGUGGCACAGGAAUUGUCGUUAAGCGAGCAAGAAGUUUCUUACCAGAUUCGGUAUGAUGCGACAACAUCGCCAAAAACCAUCAUUAAGUUUAUGACUGAUGGUGUUUUGCUUCGCGAACUUGCCAAUGAUUUUCUUUUAUCAAAAUAUUCCUCCAUUAUAAUCGACGAAGCACACGAAAGAAGUUUAAAUACUGAUAUCUUGAUCGGUGUUGUAAGUCGUGUACUCAAAUUACGGGCCGAAUUGAGUGAAGAGGAAAAAAGUAAAAUUAAGCCGUUAAAAAUUAUUAUUAUGUCGGCAACUUUACGUGUUUCUGAUUUUACACAAAAUAAAAAUCUAUUUGUUAUGGCUCCUCCGGUUAUUAAUGUUAAUGCUCGUCAAUUCCCUGUUUCGAUUCAUUUCAAUAAACGGACCCCUGAUAUUGAUCAUAUUAGUGAAACGUUCAAGAAAGUCUGUAAAAUCCACACGAGACUUCCACAUGGAGGAAUCCUUGUAUUCUUGACUGGUCAAAACGAAAUUUCUAUCCUUUGCAGAAAACUUCGUAGGAAGUUUCCUUAUAUAAAGCAAAAUCAAGAUACCUACAUGAGCAGACAGUUGUUAGAAGAGAAGGAAAUAAUCAAUGAAGCAGUUGAAAAAGUAAGAGAAUGUUUAACCGCAAAACAAGCUGAUAUCGAGACUGAAGAUUUGGAUAUUGGUGAUAAAGAAGUUGAAGAGGCCGAAUCAUUUGAUACCGAUUCUGAAGAUUCUGAAGACAUUAAAGAUUUUGACAAUGAUGAAAUGAUAGUCGAUCAGCAUGCUGGACCACUUUAUGUACUUCCAUUAUAUUCAUUGUUAUCCACGCAUGCCCAAUUACGUGUUUUUGAACCACCACCGGAAGGAACACGUCUAUGUGUAGUCGCAACUAACGUUGCGGAAACAUCAUUAACCAUUCCCGGUGUGAAAUAUGUUGUUGACUGUGGGAAAGUUAAAGAACGUCAAUAUGAUGUUACAACGGGAGUGCAAUCGUACGUAGUUGGUUGGACCUCGAAGGCAUCAGCAGAUCAACGUGCAGGGCGUGCCGGAAGAACAGGACCUGGACAUUGUUACCGACUUUACUCAUCAGCAGUAUUUAAUGAUCAAUUUCAACAAUUCACAGUACCAGAAAUUCAUCGUAUGCCAAUUGAAGGAGUAGUAUUACAAAUGAAAUCGAUGAAUAUAGAUACCGUCCUUAAUUUUCCUUUUCCCACUCCACCUGAUCAUGACAAAUUGCGUAAAGCCGAAAAUUUAUUACAAUACUUGGGUGCUUUAAAUGAAAAUGGAAGAAUAACUGAACUUGGACGUACUAUGGCAACGUUUCCCAUUGCACCUAGAUUUUCCAAAAUGUUAAUUAUUGGACAGCAACAUGGGUGUCUACCUUAUAUUAUCGCUAUCGUUUCGGCUUUAACUGUUGGUGAUCCAUUCAUUAAAGAUUUUCAUUUAGAUAAUAAUAGAAAUUCUGAUGAGGAGGAGGAGAAUGAAGAUGAUCGAUCUAAUGAAUUGUCUGGUAUUCAUAAAGAAAACAUUUUACAAAAGGAACGUCGAAAAUUAAUCAGGAAAAGUUUCUAUGACGUACAAAAGAAACAUUCCGGACUUGAUCCUACUAGUGAUAUAUUAAAAUUACUUAGUGUUGUAGGCGCGUAUGAAUAUGAAGGGGGUACGGAUAAAUUUUGUGAGAGUAAUUUUGUUCGACCAAAGGCUAUGCAAGAAAUACAUAAAUUAAGAGGGCAAAUAACAAAUAUUGUACAAAUGAAUUGUCCCGGAGUUGAUGUCUGUGUCGAUCCAAAAAUGAAACCACCAUCAACGAUUCAAAUUAAAGCAUUAAAACAAAUUAUUACAGCGGGAUUUAUAGAUCAGGUAGCAAUCCGUAAAGGAGUGAUAGAAAAAUCAUCAAAAACAUUUUCAUCAACAAGAAAUGUAGAAUAUUGCACCAUGUGGACGGAAGAUGUUGUAUUUAUUCAUCCUACGUCUAUAUUGUAUCAUAAUAAACCACCAAAUUUUGUCGUAUAUCAAGAAUUGCAUAAAACAAGUAAAGUUUGGAUGAAAGGUGUCACUGUUGUGGAGUCAAGUUGGCUAUCCAAACUUGGUAAAUCAUUAUGUACAUUUUCCAAGCCAGUUGAACUGACAACAAGCAAAUCAAAAAAGAAGAAAGAGUCCGAGAAAAUAGCCUAUGUAUCUCCAAGUUUUGGUCCCAAGAAUUGGGAAUUAUCUCCCAUGAAAAUAGUAGCACAAAAAGUUAAUGGUAGAUGGACCUAUGGAUCUAUAUAA